UUUAAUUCAUGCCUCUCCCCUCUCUUCUCCUCUUCUCCACUACCCUAAGUUCACGUUGAUUUUACCAAAUAAUUACAAAAUCACGUCGGAUCGAACUCCAAAAUGCAGACUCUCAUCAUUUUUUUCAAACGCUUAAUUCCCUCAACGGCUUCAGAACACAAUUCAAAUCCAAAAAGCUUGGAACUAAUAAUUAGAAUAGACUAACCAUUUUGGAGGUAGGGGCCAUUCUCAGUGGCAGAGAGAUGCAUCUUGAUGUCCGCGAGGGUUUCGCAUUGGCAGAGGUUGUUGUAGUCGGAGGCAAUAAGAAGUCCAGAUCAAUGGCCUUGCACAAUCGUCUCCAGGUACCCUCCGUGAAUGUUGAAGAUUUUUUCCAAUCGAAAGUGCCCAAAAGAGUGGUGCUUGUACACCAUAACUUAUUCUUUUGUGAACUUGAGCUUGAUUCUUAAUAUAGCCGUGAGGAUGCAAUUUUUGUUAUUUAUCUGGGUGUGGGAAUUGCAACGAAAUAUGGUGUGGCCUCCACAAAUCAAACAUGGAAUGUCUUCAAUGCCUAGGUUGAUUGCGGUUGCAAUUGACAGGGAUAAAGGAAGCCAAAUUUUGAUCCAUGUUAAAGCAAAACAGAGUUCACCAUUUUUGGCUACAUCCGCAUCUCUUCCUUUGCCAAUCUGCAAUGGAUUAAAGAAGUUGGCCUUGGAGGAGAAAAUCAUCCGAUAAGCAAGUGGCUAAGAAAGCACCCCCUUUUAUCC